ACAGUCACCCUGGUAGGAAACCUUCCUGAGAGUGGCUGGGAAACAGGAACAUAGCCAAAGGGCAAGGCUUUCCGGGGACGCUUUAUAUACUGCGACUCCAAGAGAGCUGCACAGAAGCACCAACUGGGCACAGCCACCCAGAGGAAGCCAACAAUGGUGGAACUGCAGAUCCCGUACUCACGGAAUGUGUCCUUGCCUGUGGGCUCUACAGUGACGAUCAGAGGCAAAGCUAACAAUGCUUUCCGAAAGGACCCACAAAUGCAGGUGGACUUCCACACUGGCACCAACGAGCAGUCUAACAUCGCCUUCUCCUUCCAAGUGUACUUUGGCAAAUUUGUGAUCAUGAACACUCUUCAGAAUGAUGGCUGGGGAACUCAUGAGAAAUCCUUGAGCGUGCCCUUUGAAGAAGAUACAGAAUUUGAGCUGCACAUCUUGGUACUGCAGAAGCACUACCAGGGGCAGGUAGAGGCGGUAGGGGAGAAACAGGAAGGAUGGCACACUUGUCUGGCAGCGUGCUGCGUGUCUCACACUUUCCCUUUGCAGAUUUCAGUGAACGGCAAACAGUGUUGCAUCUUUGUCCAUCGAACCCCAGUGAAUUCGGUGCAGAUGAUACAGGUGUGGAGAGACGUUUCCCUGAUCUCGGUGAAUAUCCAGGAGGGACCAUACACACAUUCCCCAUUGUGAAGAGUUUCUCUGUACAUCGCCGUGGAAUACCCCAA